CGAAACGAAAGCUAGCGAUUGUUGACGAGCUGCAUUCCUGAGCUGUAGCACCACGACUCGCAACGCCAUUGGUUCAUUUCUUAACACAGUGACUCAGGGCGCUCGGAUUGGUGGAAACAGUGCGCACGUGGAGAAUAGGGACGAGUCCGAAAAGAAUACAACCGAAGCAAGAGUUUCACUGCAGAUAUGCCACGGUACUGCGCUGUUAAAGCUUGCAGAAACCGCGGGGGAAGUGCAUCUAGACAAGACAACAAGAGAAUUAGUUUCUACCCGUUUCCCUUGCAAGACAAGCCCAGGCUUCAGAAAUGGGUGGACAACAUGAGGCGGGAGGAGUGGACCCCGAGUCGACAUCAGUGCCUUUGCAGCGAGCACUUCACAGAGGACUGCUUCGAUAUUCGAUGGGGCAUCCGCUAUCUGAAGAACACAGCCAUCCCGACUAUUUUUCCUUCCAUUGAGGAUGAUGGAGAGAAAGAAGUGACCACCAUUAAAAGGAACCCCAAGGCCAAAUCCAGGACUUCAGACACUGACAUUGUGCCCACAGGAUUUGACUGUCCUCUCGGUCAGAGGCCGCUCAUUUUGAGCAGAACAUGCAAAAAGUUCCAGUUCAGUACAACAAACAACAUUGUUGCUAAAGACACAGAGAUGAUAUUUGAACUGCCACUGGUGUCAGACACUGGCAUCUCCUGUCCAGCAAACCUGUCAGAGACACAGACUGCUGCUUGUGAGGUAAAAGGUGAUAGUGGAAUACCAGCAGCGUCCUGUCUCGCUCUUCCCACGUGCAAUGAGCCCCAUUCUGAAGAGCCCGCUGACUCCGCUGUGACUAUUUUGUGCUGUGACUUGCUGGGCCCUUUCUCAGAUGGAGAGGCAAAUAUAGAUGCAGCUGCCCUCCAAGCAGCGCUGGAACCGGCUUUUAGCUUUGUUGCUGUGGAAAGUGUUCAGGACGAAGCCACAGGCUGCUGUCUGGAGGAGAGGGGACCCUGUGAGGGAGAGCACGUUUCUGUUUACGAGCACUCUUACUGCAGACCAGACACGGACAAAGAUCAGCUUUGGAGUAAGAUCUUGAGUUUGCACGCAAAGAUCUUGGAACUGGAUCGCAGAGAGGAGAGCACUGUGGCUAAACUCCAUGCUCUUGAGACUGAGAUAGCCCUCCUGAGGAGGGACGGGGCUGUUUUUAAAGAGAAGCAGAAAGUUUUAGAAGAUUAUAUAUCAUCCAUGCUGCUCUGAUUUUAGACCAAUAUUGUGGAAUGGUAUGAAUUUUAAUUGUUACCAUUGAUUCACUUUUGCAGGCAUGUUGCACAUGAUCCUAUAGAUACCAUACAAAAAACCCAGAUAUACUAACUGUGCUAGAUUUUACACAACUCGAUUGGUACUCAGUGUUGUGCAUCAUUGCUGUCUCUUUCCACAUUACAACAGUGUAUCUGAUUACCUUCUUGUCUCCACAUGGUGGCACUGUGCGACCAUCUCUAUUGCCGGUGUUUCAAAUCUUCACUGUAGCAUUGAUUUUCUGUGGCUUGUUGCUAUGUUUUACUGAUACAUAGCCAAGAUUUUCUGUUCAAUGAUGUGAUCAGUACCAUAUCCUAACUUACUAAUGGCUCUUUUGCAGUUGUUUUUCUGCAAUACCAUCAGCCCGUUGUAUUUUAUCAUCUGGUCUGUGUUUGACAGUUUCCUUUGUUACUCGGUCAACGAUAUAAUUUCACGGUGUUAUUUGAUGUUUCAUCAGAGUCAGUAUUCAUGAUUUAAUUUAUUUGGCCACUCUUAUUUUCUGUUUUUAUUUAGAUUUGUAUAGCAUUUGAGGUACUUUUAUGAUUCAUAAUGACUAACAAGGGUUCAGAAAAGCAACAGAGCACUUUGACAUGCCAGGUUUUGCAUAGACACAUGCUGCUCGUCCUUCAAUCUGCACUUUUACUUUUCAGUUAAAAGACAGGCCUUCUUACCACCCUGCUGCUAAAGUGCUGUAUGUUUAUUUAAGUCUUAAUGUAGAUUUUUUUUUUUUUUUUUAAGGACCACCAUGAAUUAUGUCUUCUUAAUACUUUGAUAUACAACUGGUAAAAAUAUUUCCUCUUUAACUUUGCUAUUUAUCAGACUGGAACAGCUACUGCUUGCUCUGUUGAAACACCAAAUCAGUUCUUUUCAGCAUGUUCAAACAACACCGUUAGCACAUGUAAUAGCAAGGUUUUACAGUCCUGGAAUCACUAGGAAAUCAUGUUCAAAUAAGGAGAGGCUCAUUUUGUUUCAGUGCUGUGAUUGAUUGCAACUACCACCCUGUCAUUCUGUGCAAUCUUCUGUAAGUCCAAAAUAUUCAGCUUUACAGAAAAAACAAGUG